AUUGUAAAUGUUUUGUGCGCAAAUCGAACACUGCGCAGCAUUUAAUACGCAGCUGUAUAAACAUGGACGCUAAAUUGUAUAGAAAAUAGCUUGUAUCUAGCUAAAAUAGGCGCUCGUCAAUCCGAGAUCGGCGCGUUGAUAGAAGUAAAAAGACGCGUAAAUUAUUAUCGAGUAAGUAUAAAUCGAUCGAUCGGUAGCCGUGCCGAAAAUGACGAUGGAAAACGGCGGUGGAGAGCAAAGCAUCCGCAGCGACACGAGCGGUAUUGGCGGUAGCACACCACCAUCCGCCAGUCAGCAGCCGCAACAGCAGCAGCAGCAGCAAGAGGAUUUAAUGAAUGCGGCCGAACUGUCGCCUAGCAUUUCACGAUCGGAAGGCAUCGCUGCUACAGCUAAUUCAGUGUCUGCGACUACAAAUCAGAACGGCAGUAAUUCCUCAACGGUGUCUGCAAUGAUCGACGCCAGCGAUUACCGAUCUCUUCCCGAAGCGGCAACUUAUCAUACUUUGAACGGACGUAUGAGUCCCUCAUCAUACCACCAUCAUCAUCAUCAGGCCGUGUCGGCAAACAGCUACGCUACUCUUACUCCACUCCAACCUUUACCUCCGAUUUCGACGGUGAGCGAUAAAUUUGCCGCUGGACAUGGAGCCUCACCGCCAAAUAUGAGCGGAUCUGGUUUUAGUCUUAUGUCGAAUACAAUGGUAGAUAUGAAUACAUCAGCAGCUUACGCCCGCUAUGAUGUUAAACCUCAGUUAUCUAACAUGAUGGGUAUGAGCGCUAAUGUGAUGAUGGCCUCAAACGGUUAUGCCGCCCACCAAACACCUCAAGCACUUGGACCCUCUCCUUACAGUACGGCGGCCGCUUAUGGCCAACAUAAUGGCAUCAUGUCACCAAAACCUGAGCCGAAGAUGAUGUCGCCAAAUUCCGUCUAUGAAUACUCAAGAGCCGGAAUCGGCUCGCCUACUAGCAGCUCGCGAAUGCAUUCGCCCAACACCUCAAUGAUGCACCUUAACGGUUUGCACGGUUCUACGCCCUCUCCUCACGCCGCCCACUCGCCCAUGUCGCCGGUUCGCGAGCGGGGAGCUCUCGACGGUAAGCACGACAUGGAGGAGAUUAAUACGAAGGAAUUGGCGCAGAAGAUUAGCAGCGAAUUGAAGCGUUAUAGUAUUCCUCAAGCUGUAUUUGCUCAGCGUGUUCUGUGUAGAUCUCAAGGCACUCUAUCCGAUCUGUUACGCAAUCCUAAACCGUGGUCGAAGCUGAAAUCAGGCCGUGAAACUUUUCGUCGUAUGUGGAAAUGGCUUCAAGAACCAGAGUUUCAGCGGAUGUCAGCUCUGCGCUUGGCUGUUCUGUAG